GCGCGGGCGGCGACGGUUAGCAGUCACCGGCUCCUGCAAGUGCCAGAGCCAGGCGGGCAGCGCGGAGGCUGCGGUGGCCGUGGCCGCGGAGCUGGCCCUGCGGGGCCCCGGGGGGGAGGGGGAGCCGCGAAGCCCCCGCUGAGGCCGCCGCUGCCGGGCCUCCCCUCCCCCCCGGGCGCCAUGCGGGGGGGCCCGGGCGAUGCGGAGCGGCGACAGCGCUGGGGUCGCCUCUUCGAGGAGCUGGAUAGUAACAAGGACGGCCGCGUGGACGUGCACGAGUUGCGCCAGGGACUGGCUCGGCUGGGCGGGGGCGACCCGAACCGCGACACCCAACAGGGCACUUCCCCUGAGGGUGACACUGACCCACACGGUGGGCUUGACCUGGAGGAGUUUAGCCGCUACCUGCAGGAGCGAGAACGGCGCCUGCUGCUUCUGUUCCACAGCCUGGACCGGAAUCAGGAUGGUCAUAUUGAUGUGUCUGAGAUCCAGCAAAGUUUCCGAGCUCUGGGUAUUUCCAUCUCUCUGGAGCAAGCAGAGAAAAUUCUGCACAGCAUGGACCGUGACGGCACAAUGACCAUCGACUGGCAGGAGUGGCGCGACCACUUCCUGUUGCAUUCGCUGGAGAAUGUGGAGGAUGUGGUCUAUUUCUGGAAACAUUCGACGGUCUUGGACAUCGGCGAGUGCCUGACUGUUCCUGAUGAGUUUUCAGAGCAGGAGAAGCUAAGCGGCAUGUGGUGGAAGCAGCUGGUGGCGGGUGCGGUGGCAGGUGCUGUGUCGCGGACGGGCACAGCCCCUCUGGACCGCCUCAAGGUCUUCAUGCAGGUCCACGCCUCCAAGACCAACAAGCUGAACAUCCUGGGGGGCCUAAAGAACAUGAUCCGAGAGGGGGGCAUGCGCUCCCUGUGGCGCGGGAAUGGGAUUAACGUGCUUAAGAUCGCGCCAGAGUCGGCUAUCAAGUUCAUGGCCUAUGAGCAGAUCAAGCGGGCCAUUCGAGGGCAGCAGGAGUCACUGCACGUACAAGAGCGCUUUGUGGCCGGCUCCCUCGCUGGCGCCACAGCCCAAACCAUCAUUUACCCCAUGGAGGUGCUGAAGACGCGGCUGACCUUGCGCCGGACAGGCCAGUACAAGGGGCUGCUGGACUGUGCGUGGCAGAUCCUGGAGCGAGAGGGGCCCCGAGCCUUCUACCGAGGCUACCUGCCCAACGUGCUGGGCAUCAUCCCCUACGCAGGCAUCGACCUGGCCGUCUAUGAGACGCUGAAGAACCGAUGGCUCCAGCAGUACAGCCACGACUCGGCCGACCCAGGCAUCCUCGUGCUCCUGGCCUGUGGCACCGUCUCCAGCACCUGUGGCCAGAUAGCCAGUUACCCCCUGGCCCUGGUCCGGACCCGCAUGCAGGCCCAAGCCUCCAUCGAGGGCGCCCCCCAGCUCUCCAUGCUGGGUCUGUUCCGUCACAUCCUGUCCCAAGAUGGCGUGUGGGGCCUCUACCGGGGCAUUGCCCCCAACUUCAUGAAGGUUAUCCCGGCUGUGAGCAUCUCCUAUGUGGUCUACGAGAACAUGAAGCAGGCCCUGGGGGUCACGUCCAGACCCCAGCUCCCUCAGGCCCCAGAUCCAGCACCGGGUCCUAGAUCCCCAAACCCGCUGGCGGAUCCCAGAUCCCCAUGCUUCCAGCCCUGGAUCUCCAAGCUCGGCCACUGGAUUCUGGAUAUCAAGAAGCCUCAGCCACCGGAUCCUGACAAUGCAAUGCCUAGAUCCCGGGGCCCCAGCCACUGGAUCCCAGAUCCCCUCACCCCAGCUACUGGAUUCCUGAAUUCCUUUGCCUUGACACUGAGUCCCGGAUCCCUCUGCUUUGACUACUGGAUUCCAUACAUUUCAACCACUACACCCUCAACCCCCAACCACCGGAUCUCGGAUUCCCAAGCCCUGACCGGCUGGAUCCUGGCUUCUAAAUCCACAAUGUGAGAGCCCAACGGCAGAGCGCGUGGGUCCCAGCGACUGCAGCUGUUGGGCCCCAACCCCUUCACCACAGGCACUGGAUGCUGAAACCUCACCCAUAGGAAGGAGAGCCCGACCCUUCCAAGCACUGGAUCCCAGCCCCUUAACCCCUGGAUUCCGACUGGAAUCCUCCCAAGGCACUGGAUCCUGAGUGCUCAGACUCUAAGCCUAGAUAGAUCCCAAUAGGCCAAUCACAGCAUCCUGGACCCCACACGCCCCCGUCCCAGACACAUCCCAGAGCCCAGGGCCCUCCCCACUCCCCGUGACACAAAGCCCAUGGUCUAAGGAGCCUGCUGGAAGCCCAGGUCCUGGCCUCCUUCUUGGGACUUGUCCAAAGUCCUGACCCAUCUAAAAGCUGGCAGCACAGGAAGGAGAGGUCCCUCCCACACCCUAGACAGAGGCUGGACACCCCCACCACCUACCCAGCAUGGCUACGCCUCUGGCCCCUGGGGAAACUGCUCCCCCGAAAUGCUCUGCAAUGUCCUCCGUCCCCUUCCCACCUUUAGGCUAACGAUAACCCCCAGUCACUCUUUCUUGGGGGCUGGCAAGGGGGCAGUCUGAGGCUGGGGACACAUUAAGGGGACCCCCCCCAAACCCACCCUAGCACUGCCAGCCUCUCCCCAGGCUUCAGGGUUGGGAGCCAGGAGGAAGUCUACCCGGACUAGCCUUCCCUGGAGCCCAGCAUCUGCUUUUGCAAAACGAACAGGCCAAAUCCCCAAACUCAGUCUACAUCUAUUUUUCUACCAGAGAGGAGCAGACAUUCCUUCCCCCUCAAAUAACCCAAGCCCCCCCCCCAGCACCCCCCACUACCUUGUACAUUUUGCACUUUAUAGUUGGAUUCUGAGCUUAGCAUAACUGGGGACCCCCUCCCUUCACUCCUCCCAAGUCUUUGGGGAACCCCAUUAGAGGACUGCGAAAGAGGAGCUGUGUUGUUUCAGGGGGCUGGAGGACCCCCCCACCUCCCCUUCCCACCUACACCGUGUCUCACCUCCCCGCCUGUGUGUGUUAUUUCCAAGGAAAGAGCAAAAGGAUACACUGUCUAAGCUC